AUGCGGGGUCUUUCUUUCUCAAUCUUAUGGCUGUUGGCACAUGAAGUGGUUGCCUCUGGCCUGCAAUGCAAAUGCGUACCCUCCGAGCCCUGCUGGCCGUCUGACGCCGAGUGGACCUCCCUCAAUGAAACAGUCUCCGGUAAUCUGAUCAAGACAGCACCUCCCGGCUCCGUCUGCUAUGCAAAUGAGCCUAACUACAAUGAAUCUGCCUGCGAGGCUCUGCGAAAGGAAUGGGUUGACUCCCAAUACCACUCUUCCAACCCGGUUACAGUUUCGGAUCCAUUUUGGUCUAACAGUAGCUGCACCCCGAUAUACCCCAAUGGCACGAGUCUCUCUGGUGAUCCCCUUGCCGGAGAGAAAGGGUGCUCUUUGGGAUAUCUGUCCCCCUACGUUGUGAAUGCGACUGCCGCAGAGCAUGUGCAGGGGGCUUUGCACUUCGCAAAGAAGCACAAUUUGAGGCUCAAUGUCAAAAACACUGGCCACAACCCAGAAAAAAGUUCGGCUUAUGGAAGUUUGUCGAUUUGGACGCAUCACAUGAAGAAUAUCAGACUCCACCAUUCUUUUAAGCCCUCGAAAUGCGACCUUGCUGAAAGUCACCGGGCUGCAACUGUUGGUGCUGGGGCCCAGGGUGGUCAAAUCCUUGAUUUUCUAGCGAAGCACAACCUGACAACUGUCGCUGGAUCAAGCCUGGAUGUCGGUAUUACUGGGUGGUCCAUGGGUGGCGGCCAUGGCGUUAUGAGCGGAUUCUACGGCAUGGGAGCUGAUAAUAUCAUCGAGGCCAGCAUUGUCACCCCUCAGGGCGAUCUCGUCAUUGCCAACGAAUGCCAACACAGCGACCUAUUUUGGGCCAUUCGCGGAGGCGGAGGUGGCAGCUUUGGCGUUGUCCUGGCUCUCACUCUCAAGACCUACUCUAUGCCUUCUCUAUCGGUAGCUAACGUACAGAUGAGCGCUCGAAAUGGGACAUCUUCCACAACGUGGUGGAGGAUAAUUGCCAGCAUUCAUCAAGAGAUAGUCAAGCUCCAGGAUGCUGGUGUUAUGGGCUAUUAUACUGCAAGUGGACCACCUUACAGUUUCCAGUAUACCAUGUUCCAGCCGAAUACGACCAACACGAGCUCGAUCGAUCGCCUGAUUGCUCCCCUCAAGAAGCAUCUUGACGCGCAUAAUGAAAGCGCGAAGUCCUCCUCGUUUACUACUUGGGUGCGUAAAUGGGUUUCUAUCGAGAAGCUGUAUCCGACAGGAAAUGAUACUGGUACAAGUCGUGGAGUCAGGGCGACUCGUCUUCUGCCGCGGAAGGCCGUCGAAGAUGCAGAUAUGUUUUCGAAGACACUUAGACUUAUUGGAGACCGAAGCGAAAGCUUGCCGCAUGGGGUCACUAACCCUUCUCUUUCGGGGACUAUGACGAUCAGUCACAAGAAAGUCGACAGUGCCUUGAAUCCGGCCUGGCGAGAAGCUGCAAUUCAUUUGAUCAGCAGUGUAUCAUGGGAUGACCAGCUAUCUGACUCCGAUGCUGAGAAGGCAAUUUCUACCGUGACCAAUGAGACCGGCUAUGCUCUGCGACAGCUCGCCCCAGACUCCGGAGCAUACUAUAAUGAGGCCAAUACCUAUGAGCCCAACUGGCAAUGGGCAUUUUGGGGCCACAACUACCCCCGGAUCCUGUCGAUCAAGCAGAAGUAUGACCCGGAGAGUCUGCUGUGGUGCCACCACUGCGUCGGAAGUGAGCCUUUCGCGCAGCAGGAUAAUGGCUCUCUUUGUCAUGUUUUCUAA